AUGAGUAAAACGACGUGUUGGAACCUUCGGGUUUCGGCGGAGGCCAACCAGGGCGGACGGAAGUACAUGGAAGACGUCACUGCGGUGCACUUUGAGCGAGUCAACUCUGUUGAAUUCGCAAGCUUCGCCAUUUUUGACGGCCAUGGAGGUCGCGAGGCUUCGCAUUUCGCAAAGGAUCACUUGAUGGGAUUCAUCAAACGAGAGAAGGGUUUCUUUUCGACGAGAUGUGAUCUUGUGAAGAAGGCCAUCCGCGCUGGAUUCCUUGCUUGCCACGAAGCCAUGGCUAAAAAACUUCCUGACUGGCCGAAAACAGUUAUGGGGCAUCCUUGUACUGCUGGGACCACGGCCGCUCUGGUGAUUAUCCGUGGAAACAAACUGUACGUUGCUCACGUGGGAGAUUCGGCGGUGAUCAUGGGCAUUCAAAGGGAUGACGACGCUCCGCUGGAAACAAUGACUUUGACCGAAGAUCACAAACCAGAAAGUCCGAAAGAAAGGAGGCGAAUAGAAGCGCACGGUGGCACCGUGAUCAACAAGGCCGGUGUCAACCGCGUGGUCUGGGAGAGGCCGAAGUUGAGCCACUCGGGAGCCGUCCGACGCUCUACAGAACUCGACAAAAUCCCCUUCCUCGCCGUCGCAAGGAGUCUGGGUGAUCUUUGGUCAUGGAACGCGAAAACCAGCUCUUACGUGGUCAGUCCUGAUCCGGACGUGGAAGUACACGACUUAAACAAAUCGGGAUCUCGCUUCGUCAUUCUGGCGUCGGACGGAGUUACCAACAUGAUCAGAUCACACGACGCGGUGAACAUGGUCUCCGAGUUCGAGGCGCGAAAGAAGCGCGGCGAGGUUGCCGGAACAUCAGCUCAUGAACUGGUCAGAAACGCACUCAGAAGAUGGUCAGAAAGGAACAUGCGCGCGGACAACUCCUCGGCGAUUGUCGUCUACAUCGAAAAGAAAAAGAUGGAGCCCAAGAACUGCGCGCAGAGCUACACUGAGAGCUGGGAGAGCACGAACAAGAACCGACACGUUAAGACGCCAGUGUCCGAGAAGAUCGCUAAGAGGAUAGCUCAACUGAGACCGCCACUUACGGAAGUGCCCCAGAUUAAGACUGCUCCGCUCAAGACGUCAAGGAAGAGAGUGACUACCGAGAACAACAAUCUCAUCUCGCCGCCGCUGAAGAAGUCGAAAUCGACGCCGGCAAAAGCAUCAACGGGACUGAGCACCUCAUCAGCGAGAUCUGCCCGAAGACGUUCGACACGGCUGGCCGUGAAAGACUGUGAUCGUGGCUUGACUCGCUCGGCUGCGCGAAAACGCGCAUCUCUUUAA